AUGUCUAAUCCUUCGCAAUCGGCUUUACCAAAAGUCUCCAAUGAAAUGGCUCAAUUGAGUGUAUCGGAAAACCAGCUUUCCACUUUCGGUCUUUCUACGCAGUUAUCUCUACUGGGUCGUAACACUGAUGAACAGUAUGGUUUCGUGAAUCCGCCUUUGUAUAGGGGCUCUACAGUUAUCCACAAAACGCUUGAUAGUAUUGAAAACUCUAAAGGAAAAUUCUAUUACGGGGCAGCUGGCUCCCCCACCGUAGCAAACCUAGAAGAUGCCUGGUGUCACUUGACUGGUGCAGCCGGAACGGUUCUAUCGCCAUCGGGACUCUCUUCGAUCACAAUAGCUUUGUUGUGUCUUGUGAAGGCGGGAGAUCAUAUUCUAGUCUGCGACAGUGUUUACCAGCCAACUCGAGUGUUUUGUGAUGGCCUGCUAGCAAAGCUGGGCGUUCGGACACAAUACUAUAACCCAUUGAUAGGCGAUGAUUUAGAAGAACUCAUUGGCCCAAACACAAGCCUCAUUUACUUAGAAAGCCCCGGCUCCCAAACAAUGGAGACACAAGAUAUCCCCACGAUAGUGCGGAUCGCGAAAAAGCAUGGAAUCAAGACAAUUUUGGAUAAUACGUGGGCUACUCCAUUAUUUUUCAAUGCGCAUGGCCACGGCAUAGAUAUAUCGCUCGAGGCUGGAACUAAGUACCUGGGAGGACAUUCGGAUCUUUUUAUAGGCCUUACAUCUGCGAAUGAGGCCUGUUGGCCUGCAUUAAGAAAAACUUAUGAUACGAUGUGCGCACUGCCUGGCGCUGACGAUUGCUUGCUGGCCUUACGAGGAAUGCGUACCUUGCAUUUGAGAUUGAAAGAAAUAGAACGGAAAACUCUUGAGCUGGCCACAUGGCUUUCGGAAAGAAGUGAGGUUGCAGAAGUUCGUCAUCCUGCCAUGAAAACUUGUCCCGGACAUGCCAAUUGGUUACGCGAUUACAAAGGGUCAUCGGGAGUGUUUUCCAUUGUGCUGAAAGAUGCUUUCACCAGAGGAGGGCUGGAAAAUAUGCUAGAAAAUAUGUCCCUUUUCAAACUAGGUUUUUCAUGGGGAGGUUAUGAUUCGCUGAUCAUUCCUAUAAACCCCAGGGCGUAUAGAACAAUUUUGGAAUGGCCUCAAACUGGUUUCGCAAUGCGCGUCCAAGUUGGACUGGAGGACCCUGAAGACCUGAAACGGGAUCUUGAGCUAGGAUUCGAUCGUUUAGCAGGGAAAAAUUAA